AUGGAGUUUUUUACAAAAGACGACCAAGACAAGGCUCAUCUAGCCAACUUCUUGAUUGGAGCUUCUGUAGCUCUAUUGUCAGCAUGCCUGUCAUCGCUGGGUGUUAACCUGCAAGCAUUGGCUCUCAAGGCCCAACGAGAGAUCAACCUGGUUGCAGAGUCUCGUCAUAGCUUGAUAUUCAUUGAGGAUGCAAUGGUCAGUCCAACUUCUUUGGCAGAAGGUGGUGGAACUGUGCCUGGUGCAGCAUCCUACUCUGUUCUUGGGAAUCUAGAUUCAAGACUUGGUCUGUACAUGGAUGCUGAAGAAGAUGAGUUCCUGUUCCGUGAGUCGGUGUCGGAUGGUAUGGCUGUUACGGAUGGGAGAGACUUUGCAUUCAUGCGGUCUUCACCAACUCCACUUCCAGGCCAGUUUGAGGGAAAUGGGAUGGUUGUACAGGGCGACACGUAUGAAUCGUUUAGUGGAGGAGCUAUUAACUUGAUGCCGCCUGCAGUUGCUGGAACUACACCUGUAUCGGGUCCUGAUUCCAUUGCUGGAUCCUCUCCUUGCCUUACAUCUGACGAAAUGGACUCUAAUGAAAAACUUGCAAUAUCUGGAAUAUCUCAGAUGGCUUACAAGCCAUGCAAGAACUCGGUCAUGAUUCCCAAAGAAACUAGUAUCUUGAGAGAGAAUCAUGUGGAUGCAGUAGAUACCACAUCUGCAGAUGUAUCUACAGCGCGACCAUCAGCAAUCACUCCAGUAAUGCUAGCAUCGCCCAUAUCACGCAACAAGGAAAUGAGUAUUUUCGAAAUAUUGGUCUUGUUGUUGCAAUCUAAACCAUCUCCUGGGAAGCGCAUGCUCACGACUCGAGAGCGAUCACAUUUGUGGAGAAGUCUAUAUGCCAGUACACAAUGGUAUCUAGGCAAGUGCGGUAUUCGAGUUGGCCAUUUUUGGCUGUUUUUAUUCUUGAUGCUAUUCCAUAUAUUUACAGGAUUCACCUUGUAUUUAAUUUGUCAACUAUUUGGAUCAGUGGUGGCUCUUGGAUUUAUUUCUCCUGUUAUUCUUGCUCCUCUUGGAUCGGCUGGUCUUAUUUUCAAUAUUCUAUUCUCUAGUAUUUUUGCUGGAACACGAAUCACUCGGUAUGAUUGGGCUGGGACAGUUUUGAUUGUUAUUGGCUGCGCAGUUGUUAGUACGUUUGGUUCGAGUAUGCCUGACAGUCGACAAUCUAUUGAAGAUCUUAUUAGACUGUACUCAAGGCCGGCUUUCAUUGCAUAUUUCUCUGUUCAACUUAUUCUGGUCUCUUGUACAUUUUUUCUGAUAAAGUACCUCGAAUUUAAUCUUUUUUCAAUGCGCUCGUUAAUAUCACGAUCAUCCGUAUCCUCAUUAUCAGCUUUGAAUGGAGCAUCCCAAUUGACUUCUGUUAAUGUUCCAUCACCUCAGUUAUAUCAACACACUCAACCUACACGCAAUCAAUCGGAAACCUUGCCGGAAAAUGAAAUUGGCUCUGCAUCUAGAGAAUUGGUAUCCUCUACAAGCAUGCCUGAGCUCAAGCGUUUUGAACCUAUAUUUUCAGCAGAAAUUACACCAGAGCUUAUUUCAUCGCAACGGCGGGUUGGUUGGACAGACUCUCCCCAGAUGGACAGCAUUCCAAUUCACCCUAGUAUGACUGUAUCUGACUCCAUCAAUGAUUUGGAUCACUUUCCAACAGAUACCAAUGUCCAUCAAGGCGAUAAAAGUGUCAGCAUUUUUUGUGGACCAUCCCCCAGACUUUCUACAAAUGUGAAUAGUGGUGUAACUAACUCUGAGCUACUCAACUCUUCUACCUUGGAUCCCGUCGUUUCAACCCACCAAGAUCAUUUUACUCCCGUUGGGUCCAUUUCACGGCGAUAUGGUAGAUCCAUUAGUCAUAUGUCGUCAGAUGAAACUAGACCGCUAUUGAAUGGAAGUAUACAUAGGCGUAAUACGCUGCGAGACUCGGUUUCUAUGCGAUCUGUCACUAUUAAAGUGAAGCGUGGCCAACUCACGUCGCUUGUUGGUGUUUUAUAUGCAAUAGUUGGAGGCAUCACAGCAUCAGAGACUCUGUUGCUUACAAAAAGCGGGCAACUUUACUCUCUCAACAAAGCCCUACACUACUGUUUGCCUGUACUUGUUAUACCUAUAUUCUAUACACUUUUUACAUGUCUGUCAUUAGCUAAUUCGAUGGUAUAUCUGGACGCUUUUGGUGUGUAUUCUACCAUCAAUUUGAUAUGCCUUAUUUUGGGGAUUGCAGUGAUUGUUAUGGGUGUGUGCGUACUUGGAAAAGGUCAAGACGAUUCUGAUUGUGACAAUGUGGUAGACGACGAGCAUGGCCAUCAUCGAUGA